UCCUCGCUCGGCUGGGCUCGGGCAUUUCCGCCUCUUUGUUUUAAACUCCGGACGGAUUUUUUUUCCUCCUUUUCGGGGGGACCCGGAGGGAGCGGCGCCCCCUCCCCCUCUCCCCCUCCCCGCGCGGCCCCCGCGCGCGGCCCCGCCGAUCGGCGACUCGCAGCUUGGGAAGCUGCACAAAAUCAUAAGGCUGAGUGAAGUGGAACACUGUCAGAAGUAUUUUUACAAGUAAAAUGAAGACUAGUUUUUAAAGUUUCCAAAAUGUAGCAUGAGAUUCCAGUCUGUCUGCUAGAAAAUGGAAAAUAAACAAGGGACUGAGGAAAGGAGCAAGGGUGAAGAGCCAGAAUACAAACUAAGACAGACUACCCGGGAUAACAGAGUAAAGCCAGUAGCAUAAAAACCCAAUGAGAAGACAAACUGAAGACAAAGAAAACAUCUAGAAGAGACACCAAAGAUGUUGACCAGAAAGAUUAAGCUUUGGGACAUAAAUGCCCAUAUCACAUGUCGCCUGUGCAAUGGAUACCUAAUUGAUGCUACAACUGUAACGGAGUGUUUGCAUACCUUCUGUAGAAGUUGCCUGGUAAAGUAUUUGGAAGAAAAUAACACUUGUCCUACGUGUAGAAUUGUUAUUCAUCAGAGUCAUCCGCUGCAAUACAUUGGUCAUGACAGGACAAUGCAAGAUAUUGUUUACAAAUUGGUACCAGGCCUCCAAGAAGCGGAAAUGAGGAAACAGAGAGAAUUCUAUCACAAAUUAGGCAUGGAAGUGCCUGGAGACAUCAAAGGAGAGACUUGCUCUGCAAAGCAGCACUUAGACUCACAUCGGAAUGGUGAAACAAAAGCCGAUGACAAUUCCAACAAAGAAACAUCAGAAGAAAAACAAGAAGAGGAUAAUGACUAUCACAGAAGUGAUGAACAGGUAAGCAUCUGCCUGGAAUGCAAUAGCAGCAAAUUACGUGGAUUGAAACGAAAAUGGAUCCGCUGCUCAGCACAGGCAACAGUCUUGCAUCUAAAGAAGUUCAUUGCCAAAAAACUUAAUCUUUCAUCUUUCAAUGAGCUGGAUAUAUUAUGCAAUGAAGAAAUUCUUGGCAAGGACCACACACUCAAGUUUGUAGUUGUUACUAGAUGGAGAUUUAAGAAAGCACCUCUCCUGCUACAUUACAGACCCAAAAUGGACUUGCUGUAAGAGACCUUUAGUGUCCUUUGGGACAGAGUUUUUUGCAGAGACUAUCACCAAGCACCUUCUCAGUGCAUCACUUAACUCACAUCACAUGACCCAGUAGAAUUGUUCUGGAGGACCAGUGAUCUCACAGCACACCAUACUUCAGAAUCUUUCUUCUGGGUGACGUGGGAACCCGAUUUCUGAAAGAGAAUAUUUAUACCUUUUGUACGAAAAAAGAAUUCACAACUCAACAAGACACUACCAGCACUAAGUUUACAGAUUAUGAAAACACUUCACAGUUUUAUGUAGCUGAAUAGCAUUCGUCUCUUUGCUGCGAUUUCACAAGACAGAUUAAUAAAUGUAAUAGUGAUAUAAAUGUCACUUUCCUGACACCAAAUUACUUUUGCUUGCUUACCAUGUCUUGAAAAGUGGAGUUAAUUUCAGUAUAUUUUAUGAAUUUGAUUUCAUUGUUUGCCUCAAUAUUUUGGCUUUCAUCCAGUCCUUCCAAAGCCACUGCAAAUCCCUUUUGGUGGUGAUUGACUAUAUUUAUGUUGCCUUUAACUUCCUGAAGACUUAGAAGAUUUUUAUUAAAAUUUUAUUUAAUAGCAUAUCAAUAGGGAAUUCCAUUAAUUUUAUAAUUUAAUCAUGGCAUUAAAGUUUCCAUAUUAAAUAAAAGGAAGAUAAUAGUUCCCCAAAUUUGCCUCUAUAUUUUACUAUAUAGCAUAAAAUAUCAUCAGAUCACUUAACAAAAAUAAUCACAAGUGCUUAAUAUGUUACUUGAACUUAUUUUAAGGUAGACGUGUCAUACAGACUUAGAGCUUGCAGAAAUCUAUUCUUAUUUGGGAGGUAACUUUUGUUUUAAAAAUGUAUCACUAGUCAUGAAGACAGUGCAAUAGAAAUUUUUUCGUUCUUAGAGCUGAGUGUUAUGUAUUGCUUUUAGCAGUUUUAACAGUGGCUUACAGAAAAAUUCUAAUUUUUCUUUAAUCAUUUCUAUGAAAAAAAUUAUGUAAUGUGUUGAUAUCAUUAUUGUCCACUUUCCCCUCCCCGUCCCUCCUUCCCCCAUUCCCCCCCUUCAUUUCACAUAUGCUUUAGCAAUCCAGAGACAUGAUGGCAUUCUUUUUGUUAUUUAGAGGCCUGAUUUAAUUGAUAGUGUUUGAGUAGUGACUACAAAGUUGAGGAGUUAAAGCUUCAUUGAGGUCUUAGCUUGAGUUAGUAGCUAUCAUGCUGGAAGAAAGUAAAAACAAAACACCUCCUGAAGGCUGUACCCAGCUACACAAAGGGGAAGUAGAGAAAUGAGGCAAUUUCUGUCCAUUUUAGGCCAAACGAGGCCAAAAUUUUAAUUUGAUUUGCCCACAUAAUUGCCUUCGUUCUUUGCUUUGUGUUGUAUGCCUGUGUGCCCAGCCUAUAUUCUCUAAGGUAAAUGUUAAAUCUAGAAUGAUUUCUGCAAGCUAUACAAUAUAACUGCUGAGUGAUAUAGAAAGAGAUGAAAAGGGACUCAGAAUGAAUCCUAAUCAUUCUUGACCCAUAGAAGUUGCUUUUCCACUUGUUAAGCUGAGAAUCCCAGUCAGCAUAUGGUUUUGUUAAACCCUUUCUUCUCCAAAAUGUGGGUAUCUUUGACUUUAUACAGAAUAGUAUCCCCUAUUUGCCAACACACAUUGUUCUUUGAGACAGUGAAUGGGAGUAUGAUUAAGUAAGAAUGAAAAUGGAGCCAUUUACUGAAGUAAUCUAAGCUGAAAUUACCAAGUGAGCCCCCCAGAUGCAGUUUUGGACACAUCCCUCUGUCCUUGCUCCUCCUUUCUGUUAUAUUAUGAACUGGAGAAAUCCAAAUUUAAAAUGAACCAUUAAUGCCAUCAGCUGCAGAGAACCUGGAGAGCUCGUCCGGUUCACCCUUCUCAUUCAGUAGUAGCAGACUGAGGCUGGAUCCAAGGAGAGCCCGUUUUCCUUGGAUGUUUGGUCUAGCAGGUGUCAUUGGCAGUGCUGGCACUUGGGAACCUGUAGCUCCCUCGCCAUUUAUUUCUUUGCUGGCUGAGUUCAUGAUUUCAUUAUUGAAGGUAAUAUGAAAUUGGACUCCUUCAUAUGUCUUUUUUUUUUCCUUCCCAUUUCAUAUUUUAUAUGCAUGAAAUGGAAGGAAUUAAUAGUUAAUGCAACUUCAUUCUUAGCUACAAGAACAGCUAAUUAAAUUAAUUCAAUGCAUUUGACCAUAAAUAAGGCAAUUAAAAACCUAAACACAAAAGUAUUAAUUCAGACUUUUAAAAUCAACUUCUUUAUAUAAACUAGUUAAGUUCACUUGUAGUACAGUUUGAAUUGUUGACUUACCCAAGUUCAUAGCCUGAUACCCCAUCCAAAUCAGAUUUACCAUGUGAGGGUUUAAUGAUUAGAUAUGUGUAUAUAUAAUAAAUGUUACCUGUCUACCUCAAAAUACAUAAUCUGCUGAAGCAUUCUGCAAGACGAGAAAUUACUGCAAUGCAAUUCUAAGCAAAACAUUUAAAACUUGGGUAGUUUCCUGUGUGAUGAAACUGAGAAAGGAUUAAACAGUAUCGACAUGCAAAUUCAGAUGAAAAAUAAUUCACAGUCAGUUGUAACUUGGCCUCAUAACAAUCUGCAUUAUACAUACAUAUUUGUAAGUUUGUAACUAUCUUUAAAUCACUUGAAUUUGCUAUGGUGCUAUGUCAAUAUGUUUAAAUAUAGGUAAUCUAUGUAUAGAUAUGUAGGUAAUAUAUGGAAGCCAGUAUUAACAUCUCUAACUGGUUAUUGAUUAUUAAUUAUUGUGUUUAACUCUGCUUUUGUAAGUGUGUUAACUCGAUAAAACCUCAGUGGCAAAAGUACCUAUUUUUCUAAAAUUGCAUCAUGUCAAAAUCUCUUCGCAACAGGACUAUUUUCCCUGGGGAGUUUUCUGCUCCAUUUGGCUUAGCUUAUUGUACCUUUCUAUAGUGAGAGGAGCUGUGCCUAAGUAAAUGUCACCGGCAGAGGGAAGCCUCAAAGUCAAAUUCGACUUCCCUUCUGAGGAUUUUCAAAAAACAUUUCAUUCAAGCAGGAAUUGGUUAAAAUGUGCAUAUUUUCCCCCCAGAAUGAAAGCCAGGCUCAUUUUGUUUGGAUAAUCAUUCAGAUUUGUUCAGUACUUUCAUACUGGUGGAGUUACUGUGAAGUAGUUUUCACCACUAUUUAGCUGGUUAAACAGUUGCAGCUCAAUUAUCUUGUUGAAUUAUCUUCAGCAGCAGUGAGACAGAUUCCCCAGGCAUUAGUCUCACUAAAUAGAGUUUUCGUUGAAAAUAGAGAAUUCAAAUAGAAUAUAUAAUAUUGAAUUUAAGAUUUGGGGGGUUUAAAAAAAAAAGAAGAAAACUUAACUUUAUAAAAUUAUUUAUUCUAUUUUAAGCCUUCUAUCAUAAUUUACCAUCCAAAUAUUUUGUUUUCCGUGGUCCAGCUUUAUUUACGGGCAUAUAAAAUGAAAUUGUGAGAUGUUUUACAAGCUUCUUUUUACCUUGAGUAGCUUUUGAUUUGUAUGUUUUUGUUUAUAUGGAUGAAGAGCAUGACUUCUGCUUCUGUGCAAUAGGUUCAAACGUGCAUUUAUUAGACCUAUGUUGAAAUGGCAAUGUAGCAUCUACUCACUGCUGAACUGAAAGGUAAUUAAUUGUAGGUGGGAUUUAAAAGUUUGUACAUCCAGCUACUUGGGUUUUUUUUUUUUUUCCCACAUUUUAUUUCUUUUCUAAUUGUAAGAAUGAUCUUUUGAGAUUAAAAUUGUGUGUAUGUGUGUGCGCGUGUGUGUGCUUGUGUGCAUGCGCACGCGCACGUGUGAAAGAACUACCUGUCAGCAAUAUUUAAAAAAUAAAUGAUUGGGCAAGAAACCUUAAUGUGAAGUGUGGACGCGUUCUACGAGACUGGGCCACCUGUCUGACAUUGCUUUGUGCCAUUGUUAUGUCUGGUAUCUGUGUACCAUCCAACCUGGGAAUAUUUGUCUUAUUGGUUGUGCAAUUGUACACAACGCUACAGCCUCUGGGGAUAUGGGACCAUGUAAAAUAUCAGACUGUAGGAUGAUGGUGCUAUUUUUUCCAGUAGGCAAUGAGUCUUUGAAAACUUACCUGGCUCUUGUCUUUAUAACAACAUGAUUAGUCUUUGGAAAUUCAUUGGAUUUUUUUCUAAUGGAAGAUAAAUAUAAUUGUAUUUUACAAUAAUUUGAAAUUUACCAUUGAACUAAAUGCUAUAAAGGAUCAAGCCAACCAGUUUAUACAUCAACAUAUAUGAAUAUUUGAUAAAUUUAUACUUAAAGUAUUUUAAAAGAAACUUAAUGCAGACAGCUAAACUGUAUAUUUUACAGAAAAAAAAAUUCCACAUUUCUGUAUUUCCUCAGGUAACCACAUAGUUCCACCACCUCACAGGUGUGACCUUAACAUAAUAUGUUUCUUUGAUUUAAAGGAAAUUGGGAGUCAAGAUUUACAAAUCUUCAUCCAAAUUAUGCUUAGAUCUUUAUAUUUAAUUUUUUUUUUCCUAUUCUAUUUAUUAAACAUGAAAUUUAGAGAGCAAGAACACUGAACUAUUUAGACAUAAGAUUGGCGUGGAGUUUUAGUGUGUUUUGGUAAAUUCUCAUCUCUGAAAAGAUUAAGGUUAAAAAAAAGUUGUGGGGAAUAACAUUUUAUUUGUGCUAUCAUUACAUUUAAUUCCUUCAAUAUAUAAGCUUACGUUUGAAGAAUGAGCUAAAAGUUGAAUUUAGCUUAAUAUGUAUGUAGAGCAUUGGUGUAAAUGAAUAUCCCAAUAAUUUAUUUGGGCAAAAAAAAAGAAAGGAGUUUCUCAGAUGAGACAGUUUUAGAGUUAGAAGACAAUAGACAUUGCAACCACUAAGCUUUUAACAUCAUUGUGUGGUGAAAGAAAGACCGGAAACAAUUGCAGUAUAGAGAAAUGAGACUACAGAUCUUUUUUGACUGUUUCAUUUGAAAGUUUACAUUUUUUAUGCUUUGUGUUGCUGUGUAAUUUUUGUACUCUUGGUGGCUAGUUUUUUUGUCUAAAAAUCUUUUUGGAAUAUUGCUUAAUGUUUUGAUUUUAUGAUAGUGAAGCUUGUAUUUCAGUGUUUUGCCAAUUAAUAUUAUAUGCUUGUAAUAAAAGCAAAAGAAAAAGCUCACUAAAUUUCUGUCAGGCUGGAACUUUAUUAUCCAAAAUUUGUAUUAUAAAAAUGAUUCCUAGUAUAAUACAGUGGUAAUAUGAAAAUGCUUUUUGCUACCAGUGUAAACUAUUCCCAGAGCCCUUGUCCUUUAGUUCACUCAGUAUUUAAUAUAUCUUCCACACCUCUGUGAUCACACAUCUCAGCCCGCUUGUCAGUCUUAAGUACCAUUGCUGCUCACUCUUACCAUUGACAUUUUAAAAUCUGAAACAUCAUUUCAGUUAGCCAAAUGUUUGUGCCAAAUGCUUGGCAGAAAUUAUACAUGAAGUGACAAAUAUUGUUCAUCUGUUACAUAGAGAAAAGAGUAGAAUUUGGAUGCUUUGGUCUUCGGUUUAUAUACACCACUGAAUAUAAAUUCUCAAAAACAGUAAUGGUAGCAUUUCUAAUUGCUCUUGUGAAUAUGCUGACCCAUUUUGUCACCUGCACUGAACAAAGGAGAAAAAAAUACUUAGACCAGAUCCUUAAUUUUCAAAGUUUAACAAAUAAUAAAACAACAUUAUUUGCUUUGGCAGAAAAUUGCAAAAUAAUAAAGUUAGUGGCAAGGGAGAAUAUCAUGGCUAGUUACGCCUUCCUUAUUCAAGGUUUAGGGCCAUUAACCAGGGUUAAAUGUAGACAGCCAUAUUUCAAGCCAAUUCCUUGAUGCUAUCAUUUGGCUGAUUUGGCAAAUUCUUUACUAGUUCUUAAAGUUAUCAAUAUUUAUAUCUGGAAUUCUGUGUAAAAGAAUUUUGAUCUAGGAUAUCACAGUAAACUACAAAGCAGAUGUUAUGCUGGGUGUGUUUCUUUGCAGUAUCUGCAUAUAGCAAUGUAAAUUUUCAAAAAUAUGUAUCACUUUUGCUGCUUUUCUUCAUUUUGGGAGAUUCAAAAGAACUUAUUUUCUGCUACUGAGUUGCUAUUGUAAAAUAAAAUGGUCACCGCUGUGGUCUUAAGCCUUUAGACAUUCUGUUCCCCUCCCUCAACACACAUACAUAGAUAACAUCUACUAAAUAUUAAUACUGAUUAUGUGUAAAGAGAGAAUGAAUCUGUUGUUAGACAUUUGCCUUUUAUUGCUCAAGGUGAUGAUGGAAACAGGGAUGGCCUUGAAAAGAUUUUUUUGUUUUGUUGUGAAGAGCAGAAAAGGACACAACUUAAAAGAUAGCAACAUUGUACAAUAUUGCAUUCUUCCAUUCCCCAUGUUUUUGUUUUGCAGUCAUUAAAUUAUUGUUCUCCUCUAUAGACCAAUGCAUUUUUGUAUGUAGGAAGCCUUUUGUUUGUCCGGCAUAAUUCUGUGUGUGUAUAAGAUAGUUAAUUGUACAUAUAAAAUAGAACUUGAUAUAAGAGUACAUAUUCACAGAAUACAACAUCUACCCAUGGUAAAAGCCUGGUAUUGGUGUCAAUUCUGAACCUGUAUAUGCUGACACUGUAAGGAGGGUCAUCUCUCUGACUUUCUGUCCCUGUCUCUGACUCUCUCACUCCAUAUUCUUACAGCUAAGAUUCAUGAUGGCAUUUGUUGCCAUCCAUUUUUGCUUGCUGAUUCUCGAGGGAAAUUAUUGAACUCUGUUAUAGUGUCCUUAACAUUGACGUUAAGGAGAGCAUCUGUCAUCAACAGCUCAGUUUACUAUUGGACCGUUGAUAUUGGGCUGUGACCAGAAUCAUCAGUAUAGAAAUGUACAAAUCUGAUUGGUAGACAUUAGCUACACCCUCCACACAAUACACAAAUAUACAUACGUUAUGCAUGUGUCAUGUAUUGAAGUAUAACUAUGCCAUACAAGUCACGUAACUUCUUUUUGUUGCUGGGAUGAUCAGCUUAAACCCUUUUGCCUAUGACCUACAAGCCAUUUCCUCAGCAAAAAAUAAAAUAAAAUGUACCUUUAAUAAUGCAUAUUGGUUGGCAGUUUUUUCCCAUGUCUAUAUGGCACGAAAUCUGCUCAGGUUUAUAUUAGAAAUGAUAUGCUUAUAUACCUCACUUCAGGAAGGGAUAAAGGAUUGUUGUGAUUGUGACCUUUGAAAUACCCAGUUCAGAAAAACAAAAACACACAAAAAAAAAUGUUUUAUGAGUUUCAUGUUUUGUAUUGCUUUGUGUGUAAUAUAUAAUGUGGCAAUUUAAUUGUUUCAGGCUUUAAUUUGGACAUAAAAUAAAUUCUUUGACCAUUACAUUUUAUUCCUAUGAUUUCUAUGCUGGUUACAAAAUGCAAAAAAGUCUGAAUUUGAUUUUGGUGUCAAAUCAUAAAAUCAUUGCUGCUAAAAAAAAAUGUGAAUGAACAGUAGUUUCUUUAGGAAAAAUUGCUUUGUCCACUUGAUAUUGAGGAGGAACUGAAGACUUAGGAAAAUUUUUAUUUAGACUUUAAUUGGGAAGAAAUCUUUUAAGGGGUCUUGGUCAGGUACAAAAUUUUAAUAACAAAUUGUUAUUAAGCAUCUUCUCUGUGUGAGACAGUAUGCUGAACACCAGGAGAUUUGACUUAAUGCCAAAAGCAUUUAUUAAGUGUUAGGCACUGGAGGAUAAUCAGGACAUUUUAUUAUUCAUCAAGGUAGAACUGUACUGCUCUGGUGAAUUUAUUUGGAAAUGGAUACAAAGGUGAAUGUAAAAGCCUAUUGCCACAAGAACCUUAUAGUCUAGUGAGGGUGGUGAGGGGUCCAUCAAAUGGGCUAUAAUUAUAAUACAAAUUAAAUCUUGAUAUUCUGAGGAGAGAAGCUAGGGUAUUUGUUUUAAAGGGGGAGAGAACAGUUCCAUUUGGGGCAAGAUCUCUAUAAAGAGAUGGAGAAGAGUACAGGUAGAGAUGGGGCAAAGAUGGGGGAUAGCAAGAAUAAAAAUGAGGUAGCAACAAAUUUAGGGUAGAAAGUAUAAAAAUUGCAGGGCAUUGAAUGUCAGGCUAAGGAAAUUAGUCUAUCAUCUAGGUAGUUGGGAAAGUGUCUUUAUAGCUUUUCAGAAGAAAGAUUACUUUGGCAAUGGAGUGUAAUGAGGUUCUGAAAAUUAAGUAAAUUGCUCGCUGCAUCAUUGCCAAAUUAUAGGAACUAGGGAAUGGUAUGAUAGUCAUACUGCUAAUGUUUUAGCUUCCCAGAAAAAUGGAAUGUUUCAUACUCCAAAAGAUUUCAAAGAAAGAGCAUAUAGGGUAUCCCUUUGGACUUAAAGAAAAGGCUUUUUACAGAUUUCUAGACACAGUUGUUAUUGACAGGUAGUGCAACAGUAUUUGGAGAAGAGUCUUCAGUAUUUUAAGUGUCCCCUGUGUGUUUACUGCUGUACCAGUAGACAAAUAGAGAGUCUGGCAGAGAUACAGAAGUAAUUGCAUGUAAUAGGUGCUUAGUAGAUAUUUAUUUGAACUGAAAUACAUGAUGAUAACUGCUUGCAUUACUGUGUAGCACAUUGCAGUUUUCAGAGCACUUUCUCCUGAGUACCCCAGUGAAGUAGGUGAAGAGACCAAUUGGUAAUUGAUAUUGGCAAGUUUAAUUUAGUUCAAAUUUUCCUCCAUUAUAAAAAAAAAAUGCUAUUGGAUCUUCUUAGGUUUAUAGCAUUUUAAAAGAAAUUCUACUUUUCAUUUCAGAGAGUAUUAUAUCCAUCUAAUACAAUGAUUUUUCCAAGUUUAACCAAUUGAUUUCAGAAAAAAGUCAGAAUCUGUCACUGUGGUAGAGCAAUCAUUGCUCUUGGUGACACUUUGAAUACCCACAGAGAAUGGAUGGAAGUAAUUAACAGUCAUUGUCUAAUAUGUAGCAAAUAAAAAAAAAAAAAACAAUCGGGAAGGAGUAUACAAGUAGCUAAAGAGGAAUAAGGGAAAGCUUUAUGAAGAAAAAGUGAUACUUGAACUGCAUCUUAAAAGAAAAAGAAUUUCAUGGGGCCAAUGUAAGGAGGGAAUGCAUUGCAGACAUGGGGGAAGACCUGCUUAAAGACCUGGUGAUGGGAGAUGGAGAACUUUGUAGAAACAACAUUAUAUUUGAAUUUAGUGACAAUAUAGAGCCACUGGAAUUUAUUGAGUAGGAAGGAUGAUGUAAGCCUAGCACUUAAGGAAAGGUACCUUGCAGAUAUAGGGUGACCAUUGCAGUAGUCCAAGUAAGAGGUGGUGAGGGCCUGAAGUUGGUGGCUAUAUGAGUAGAAAUGAUGUAAGAGAUUUCACAGUAAUAGAAAUGGCAAGAUUUGGCAACCAAUUGACUAUAUGCAGGAGGGGAGAAACAGAAUUUUAAGGAGGCAUUUAGGAACUGAUGAAACUGACCGAAUAGUCAAGUUUUCAGCAGAAAUAGGGAAAUUUAAAGGGAGAAAUAUAGGAAAACACCAUUUUGGACUUGUUUGAAAUAUCCUCAGGGCGUCUAGUUUAAAAUAUCUAAUGCGCACUUUGUCAAGAUUGAAGUUCAUGACAGACACUGAGGCUAGUUGUAAUAAAUUUAUAUGUUGUCUGCAUGAGUGGUUAUAAAUCCAUGGGAGCUGCUGAAGUCAUCAAAAGGGUAGAGAGAGAAGAUGGCCCAAGACAAGACACAUUAUAUAGAUCUCAUUUGAGUGUCUCUUCUAGUAUCUCCUGGUAUCUUCACACUCUAGACUCUGAAAUCUGUCAGCAAUUUCAGAGUUGAAUAGCUUCAAUAAUCAAGUAGUUUUGUUGUUUGUCUCAGUUUAGGACAGUUGGUCAUCUUGGCAUUCAUUGUUUUGGAAGUAUCAGUGGCUAAUAUAAACAUUUUUAAAAAUAUGCUGAAGCAUGUAUCUAGAAGGCAGUAUGAUAAAACUCCAGACUGAGUUUCUAACCCAUUAGCUAUCUAGUAAGCAAAUCAGGUUAUAUUUGGGGACUUCACUUUCUUUCUAUGUUAAGUAAGAUUUCAUCUAGAUCAUUUCAAACUCCUUUUUAGCUCAAAAAUUAUAUAAUUCUGUGUAGUACUUAGUGCUUGAAUAUAGAUUCUCUUGUUUUUGUUUUUUUUCCCCAAUUCAAGUACUGAAGUAUUAUAUAUAUUCAAGGCACCACUAUUCUAGACUCUGUGGACACAGUAAUAGUCCCUUGCUUUAGAGAUCUUACAUUCUAAUAUAGGUGCUUUUCUAAGAACCUGGAAUGAAACCCAGUAUAGGCCCUAUGAAAAUUGCUGGGUUCCUAAAUCUAGCUGAUGUUACAGCUGAGCUGAUAACAUGGAGAUCUUUUUUUGUUUGUUUUUUGAGGGGAGAAGGAAAGGGUGAUAGAAAAAUUAGGAGCGGUCAGCAUCAGACCAGGGUAAACCAAAACCAUGUACAUUGCAGGGAAGAAUCAGAAAAAGAGUAAGGCGAGUAUGUAAGGGAUGGAAUUGUCUUGUGCCCUUGCUUAAGGCUAGAGAUUACUCUAAUGUUUGUGCACACCCCAGUGAUGGAGGAUAAAAAGUGACAUAGCAAAUGGCCACUAAAUAAGUGGAACUUGUCUUUGCUGUAUCCUGUGCUUAACACUGUGCCUGGUUCAUAGGAGGCACUUUUUGAUAUACUCCAAACCCUUAGCAUGUGUGAAGAAACAUUGACAGGGACACCGAGUUGAAAUGGUUAACUCCAUUUGACUGACCACUGGCAUUUCUCCUCUAGUCUGGACUUGGAUUUAGGCCAUCACUCUGUAUUGCUUCUCAAGGCUCUGCUUAUGAGUACUGUCAUAGUUCCCCAGUUUUCCAGUAACCUUCUAUGAAAAACCUCAAGUUUUCCAUUAUAAGAAACUCAGAGUUUUGCAAAAUGUAUUACAUAUAUGAUCUCAUUGGAUCUUCCCAACGAUCCCAUGAGGUAGAUAAUACAGGUGCUGUCAUCUGCAUUUACAGAUGAGGAAACAGAUGGGAAGGGGGGGGAAGGAAGGGAGGCAGGCAGGCAAGCAGAUGUCAGGAAAUGAGAAUUAACUUCUGGUAGGAGGCAAGUCUUGAAGGAAGCUAGAGAUUCUGUGAAGGUGUUGGUGUGGAAGGAAUGCCUUCCAGGCAAGGAGGACUGCCUGUGCAAAGAGAGGAAGGCUCCAGUGUCUUAUGGGGAGAGCAUCUAGCAAAAAGUUUGACUUGCAUGAAUUUCCCAGGACAGGAGCUAUGGAGUUACUUCCCAUGAUCCUUUAGGUUGUAAAAGUCUCUGAUUUGGAAUGAUAACCCAUCCUCCUAAUCAUGUAGCAGCUCUUUGUUUUGUGAGCUUUAGGGUAUACAAAAUAUUUUCCACAUUUUAUAGUUAGCCACCAGAUAGGUCAUCAUAUAAGGUCCUACUGACAAUAUCCAAUAACAGAUGAUUUUUUUAAAGGGGAACUCCUGUCAACAAGGAGCCAUGGUCAAAAGGAAUAUGCAUACUUACAAAAUUGGUCUCACAGGGAGGAAAGCUUUUCUUUGUCUUUCCUCAUCGUUGAUUUUCCAAAUAUCUAUCUACUCCAUAAAAUGCUUAUUCAUGUUUCCUAUAGCUGUUUAAAAAUUUAAAAAAUAGCUAACAUUUGGAAAUGUGGGCUUAUUUAGAAAGAACUUCAAUUUAUUUUCAAAAAUUGCAUUUUAGGCCUAUUUGCGUGUGUCUUUAUUUGUUUUUCUACCUUACACGUAGGGAUUCAGAGAGCAUAUGACAAAUAUAUUGAGGUCACAAGCUACCCUGCUAUGGCACAAACCUAUAUCCUAUGACUUCCAACUGCUAGAAGCAGAAGAGGGUGGAGAGGGUUCAAAAAGGAUGCAUUUACCAUUGAUAUAAUUACAAGGCAUUAUUGCCAUUCCUCCCUUUUCCCCCCUCAAGGUUAUUUGAUUUAUUUAUUCUGUGCCUAAAAUUUCAGGUAGCUUAUAGUUCACCUUGGUGCAUAAGAACUUUUAUCCCAGGAUACACAAAAUGAUGCAAAAAAAAAAAAAAAA